CUUGACCCAGAGAUGCAUUGUGGAGCUUUGAUUAAUGUACCAUAUUACUUGGGCAAUCUGACAUUCAGAGUCUGGAAGAAGAUGCAAGACAUUGUCCAAAACACUCCAGUGAUUCUGGACCCAAACACUGCAAGUCCACAACUCAUCCUGUCUGAUGAUCUGACCAGCCUGACAUUCAACAAGAGCAGGCAACCGUUUCCUGAUAAUGCAGAGAGAUUUGAUUUAUUUCGCUGUGUUUUGGGUUCAGAAGGGUUUAAAUCAGGAAAACACAGCUGGGAUGUGGAGGUGGGAAACAAUUCAGCUUGGACUGUCGGAAUAAUCACAGCAUCCUACCAAAGAAAAGGAGACAAUUUCUUCAAAGCUGAGUGUUUCCCAGUGAAAUACUGGCAUAAAGUUGGCUUGACAUUGGAUGGUCCAUAUUUGCAAAUUUAGGGACCGUCUCUAAAGUUACAUACGACAUUGUUGUACACGUCUAACUUUAAUAUCAUUUGAAGAUAAUGACUAACAGCCAUAAACUGUAAUGUGCUCAUGUAGGUGUCAAGCAUGAUGCACACCUUUAAGAUUUUUUAUAUUUAAUAAAAUAAGCAAAUAAAAAAUAUUGCUAAUUUUUUACUACUGCAUGAGCUUAUAUUUCUUUUAAUAUCAACAAUCUAAAAUUAUGGUAUGUGGUAGAUUUUUGAUAUUUAAUAAAAUAAACUGUCAAAUCAUGUGUAAAUAUUACUAUUUUUCACUACAGCAUGAGUUCAUAUUUAUUAUCAACAUUCUAAAAGUUGUGCAUCACACCUACAUGAACACUUUACAGACUGCAAUUCAUUCUCUUCAAACACUAUAGAGCUUUAAAUUAUGGUAUAUUGUGUGUAUGAGCAUACAGUAGGCUAAGUGAAAUAUAUAACGAUAUUUACAUAUGACUUGACAGUUUAUUUUAUUCAAUAUCAAAAAUCUAAAAGGUGUGCAUCAUACCUGAAACCUACAUGAACACUUUACAGUUGGUUUCAUGACAGUAAAACCAACUCUACUGCUUUUUCUGCAGUUCCCAGAUGUGAAAUGUUGAAAUUUGAACCAAUGAAUUUGUGGACGCAAAUUUGAGGACGUGAAAUAAAAUGGACAGAAAAUUGCCUACUGAAUAUUAUAGGUUGUAUUUUUAAACAGAAGGAAUAUUUUGGAAGUGAAAUCUGAAAGGUGAAUAUGGAUCAUUGAAUUUUUAACAAUGCAAAUGUGUGAGCUGUUUUGAAUUGAAAUAUUCACAGCUUAAAUAUACAACCAUGUUGAAUUUCAACCCAUAAAA